CAUGGCCCAGCCCGGCGGCGAGGAGGCUCUGCCCGGGCCCCAGACCGCGGUGCAAAUCCGCGUCGCCAUCCAGGAGGCCGAGGACGCGGAGGAGCUGGAGGACGAGGAGGAGGGCGCGGAGGCGCGGGGCGCGGGGGAUCCCGCGCGGUAUCUGAGCCCCGGCUGGGGCAGCGCCAGCGAGGAGGAGCCGAGCCGCGGGCACAGCGGCGCCCGGACAAGUGGGGGCGAGAAUGAGCAUGAGGACCUGGAGCAGGAGUGGAAGCCCCCAGACAAGGAGUUAAUCAGGAAACUGGUGGAUCAGAUUGAAUUCUACUUCUCCGACGAAAACCUGGAGAAGGAUGCCUUCCUGCUGAAGCACGUGAGGAGGAACAAGCUGGGCUAUGUGAGCGUUAAGCUGCUCACGUCCUUCAAAAAGGUGAAACACCUUACACGGGACUGGAGAACCACAGCGCAUGCCCUCAAGUACUCAGUGACCCUGGAGUUGAAUGAGGACCACCGGAAGGUGAGGAGGACCACCCCUGUCCCGCUCUUCCCCAAUGAGAAUCUCCCCAGCAAGAUGCUCCUGGUCUAUGAUCUCCACCUGUCCCCCAAGCUGUGGGCCUUGGGCACCCCCCAAAAGAACGGGAGGGUGCAGGAGAAGGUGAUGGAACACCUGCUCAAGCUCUUUGGGACCUUUGGAGUCAUCUCAUCAGUGCGGAUCCUCAAACCUGGGAGAGAGCUGCCCCCUGACAUUCGGAGGAUCAGCAGCCGGUACAGCCAGGUGGGGACCCAGGAGUGCGCCAUCGUGGAGUUUGAGGAGGUGGACGCUGCCAUCAAAGCCCAUGAGUUCAUGGCCGCGGAAUCUCAGGGGAAGGAGAACAUGAAAGCUGUCCUGAUUGGUAUGAAGCCACCCAAAAAGAAACCUCCCAAAGACAAGACCCAGGACGAGGAGCCCACCGCCAGCAUCCACCUGAACAAGUCUCUGAACAAGCGAGUCGAGGAGCUUCAGUACAUGGGUGACGAGUCUUCCGCCAACAGCUCCUCGGACCCCGAGAGCAAUCCCGCGUCCCCCAUGGCUGGCCGGCGGCAUGCGGGCACCAGCAAACUCAGCCCUUCGGGCCACCAGAAUCUCUUUCUGAGCCCCAACGCCUCCCCGUGCUCAAGUCCCUGGAGCAGUCCCUUGGCUCAACGCAAAGGCGUUUCCAGAAAAUCCCCUCUGGCCGAGGAAGGCAGGCCGAACCCCAGCACCAGCCCCGAGGCCGCGCGCAAGUGCACCGAUUACUCCUCCGACAGCAGCGUCACUCCCUCCGGCAGCCCCUGGGUUCGGAGGCGCCGCCAGGCCGAGAUGGGGACACAGGAGAAGAGCCCCCGAGCCAGCCCGCUGCUCUCCCGGAAGAUGCAGACUGCGGACGGGUUACCUGUGGGGGUGCUGAGGUUGCCCAGAGGCCCCGACAACACCAGAGGAUUCCAUGGUGGGCACGAGAGGGGCAGGGCCCAAGUAUAAAUAAAUGCCUCCUAUUUUUAUACCGGCUCCGUUGGAAACCACCUGUUUUCAAGGUUCUGACAAACACCUGGCAUGACAUAGAAUGAAAUUAAGCCCUCUUGCAAAGAUUUUGGAUAUGUGUAAACCUCUUAAUUUAUAUAUUUGUAAUGAUAUAACUUGUCUGGUACGCUCUGGUUUUAAGACCAUCUUCUAGUUCAGAACAUCCCUUCCUGCUGGCGUGACCGCGUCUCGGCGCUGCAGCCUUGUGUGGAUGUCGCGGCUCUGUAUGGCCGUGGGGCAGGCGAGGUGUGGCAGCCAGGAUCCUCUUCAGGGCAGGGUUCUUCUCUCUGGUGACUCGGGUGUCCUCAGCGGCGUGCAGGGGCUUCCUGAGAGCCCAGAGUUCUGUUGUGCAGUGGCAACUGGUUAAGCCUGUAGCAUGAUGUCUUCUAGGACCUAAUGUAUGUUUCCUGUCAAGUGAAUAAAAAAUAAAACCC